AUGGGUAUUUCUGAGGCACCCGGCAGCCGUGCCGUAUGGGCCCUGGUGCAUUUGAAGGUGCAAUUCAUCCUGUGCGGCGUCCCGCUGCGGUUUGCCGACUGCGGCAGAUCAUCGUCUGCUAGAGUCCGGGAAAUGGGUGAACAUCGCCCAGCCGUACAAGGCUGUACACGGGGUACAGGCACGGCGGAGAACCUGCCCAUGGCUACCCCAAGACGGAUCUAUCAGACGCGCGUCGAGGGUCAGUGGUGGCGGCUCAUAACUUCCGGAUUUCUCCAUAUGGAUGAGUGGCACUUGUACUUCAACAUGUCCAGCCUCGUCUGGAAGGGUAUUCAUUUGGAGCGCCGCUACGGCCACAAAUUGUUCGCACUGUUGGUCGCGGAGAUGCUGCUGCUGUCUCACGGACUGUACGUGCUCGUCACGCUGCUGCUGUGCAGCGUGUCCGAACACAGGCACAUUUAUUAUCAUCAGCACGCGGUGGGCUUCUCGGCGGUGCUUUUUGGACUCAAGACAAUCUUAAUGUACAACACGCCCGGGUACGACGAGAUCUUUGGUGUACGGGUCCCCACCAAGUACGCUUGCUGGGCCGAGCUUGUAUUGAUAUGGGUUCUGGUGCCCAAAUCCUCUUUCAUCGGCCACCUGUGUGGCAUCCUGGCGGGCGGCCUACACGCUCAGUAUCUGGAGCCAAGCCUUAGGCGGUGGUGGCCGCGUGUCAGGGUUUUGCAGGCCCGGAUUCCUUUCUUCCACCCCGAAAACCCGCCGUACAGAUCCAAAACUGGUGGCGGCUACGGCGAACUGCUCGUGCCGUACUUCACCGGCCACGACAGUUCCCACGCAGCACGGAAGGGGGUCACUGGCAAGAGGGGGGGGGAGGGGGGGGGCUCCCCGACCCCCAGGGGAGAGGUUCGCUCAGACAAACCAGUACUCGGUACGGCGCCACAAGCGAUAGCAGCGACAGCGACAGUGACUCCGAGCCGCCGAGUGUACGACAGGCGGCGGUUAAUGAUGAAGUACGGCGGAGAUGGAUUGGCCGCUACGGUAAUACCCCGGCAGCGACACAGGUAA